UAAUCUGUUCUCUUUUUGUUCUCUCGAAGAUGAAAGAUGAGUAUAUCUUUGUUGCGUAGCGGUCCCCAAAGAGAUUGAUUGAUUGAUGGGUGGAGAACAGAGAGAUCACUCUUCACUACCAUAAAAGAGAGAGAGAUGCAAAGCAGAGACCACACACCCAAUGGAGGCAAAUGCAAGCAACAAUAACAUGCAGCAGUCUCACAGUCACAGCUGCCUAGAAAUAACCAUGGAGGUUCACAAGGUUGUGCCACCGCCACCUACAAGCUCCUUGAAGAAACUCAAGACCAGGCUCAAAGAGACCUUCUUCCCCGAUGACCCUCUGCGCCAAUUCAAAGGGAAAUCUCUCAAGAAGAAGUGGGUACUUGGAGCUCAGUAUGUAUUCCCAGUCCUUCAAUGGGGUCCUAAUUACAACCUUAAACUCUUGAAAUCUGAUGUUGUUGCUGGCCUCACAAUUGCUAGCUUGGCCAUUCCCCAGGGCAUCAGCUAUGCUAAGCUUGCCAAUUUGCCUCCCAUAGUUGGUCUCUACUCCAGCUUUGUUCCUCCUCUUGUAUAUGCAGUUCUGGGGAGCUCCAGGGACCUUGCAGUAGGUCCUGUUUCAAUUGCUUCUCUAAUAAUGGGAUCAAUGCUUAGGCAAGAAGUCUCUCCAACCAAAGAGCCUGUUCUGUUUCUUCAACUGGCCUUUUCUUCAACCUUCUUUGCUGGUCUGUUUCAAGCUUCUCUGGGGUUGUUAAGGCUUGGAUUUAUUAUUGAUUUCCUUUCAAAGGCAAUACUUAUUGGAUUCAUGGCUGGAGCAGCCAUUAUAGUCUCAUUACAGCAGCUUAAGGCCUUGCUUGGGAUCACUCACUUCACCAAACAAAUGGGUUUGGUUCCUGUUUUGAGCUCUGUUUUCCAUCACACUGAUGAGUGGUCAUGGCAAACGAUACUGAUGGGCUUUUGCCUUCUUGUGUUCCUUCUGCUAUCAAGACACAUUAGCAUUAAAAGGCCAAAGCUGUUCUGGGUCUCAGCUGGUGCCCCCCUUGUCUCUGUGAUUCUGUCCACUCUCUUGGUUUUUGCAUUCAAGGCUCAAAAUCAUGGAAUCAGUGUGAUUGGAAAAUUACCGGAAGGACUAAACCCUCCUUCCUGGAACAUGCUGCGCCUCCAUGGAAGCCACUUAGGACUUGUGAUCAAGACUGGACUUGUCACUGGCAUUAUUUCCCUCACUGAAGGGAUUGCAGUAGGAAGGACUUUUGCUGCCUUAAAGAACUACAGAGUUGAUGGUAACAAGGAAAUGAUGGCAAUUGGGCUCAUGAACAUGGUUGGCUCCUCCACAUCCUGCUAUGUCACGACAGGCGCGUUUUCCCGAUCAGCGGUGAAUCACAACGCCGGAGCGAAAACAGCAGUGUCUAAUGUAAUAAUGUCAGUGACAGUGAUGCUGACACUCCUCUUCCUGAUGCCUCUCUUCCAAUACACACCAAAUGUUGUAUUGGGUGCCAUAAUAGUCACAGCAGUAAUUGGCCUUAUAGACAUUCCUGCAGCUUAUCAGAUCUGGAAGAUCGAUAAAUUCGACUUCUUUGUUCUGCUAUGUGCUUUGUUGGGUGUCAUUUUCAUUUCUGUCCAAGACGGCCUCGCCAUUGCCGUGGGAAUAUCCAUCUUCAAGCUUCUCCUGCAAAUCACAAGGCCGAAGACAGUUGUGCUCGGAAAUAUUCCGGGGACGAACAUAUAUCGCAAUCUGCAUCAUUAUAAGGAAGCAGUGAGAGUUCCAGGUUUCCUCAUUUGGAGUGUUGAAGCUCCCAUCAACUUUGCCAAUACAACUUAUCUCAAUGAGAGGAUUUUGAGAUGGAUAGAAGAGAAUGAAGCAGAGGAGGAUGAAAAGAAACAACCGAGCCUUCAUUUUCUGAUACUUGACAUGUCAGCUGUAAGUUCUAUAGACACAAGUGGAGUUGCAUUCUUCAAGGAACUCAACCAAACACUGGAAAACAAAGGUGUUGAGCUUGUGCUGGUGAAUCCUUUGGCAGAGGUGAUAGAGAAAUUACAAAGAGCAGAUGAUAUUCGUGAUUUUAUGAUGAGACCUGAAAGUCUUUACUUGACAGUAGGAGAAGCUGUAGCUUCACUCUCACUCACAAUGAAGGGGCAAUCAUCAAGCAGUGUAUAACAACAACAUUUUUUAUAGCUAAUUCUUCAUUUCACAAAUGAAGAAUAGGAACAUUAUACUAUGUAUUAAUUUAGUCUAUAUAUUUUUAAGCUUUAUAUUU